AUGGCUAUCUACAGCUCCGUCCCGCCACCCGAACAACAGUCGGCCUCAAAUACUCCUACUCCCGCGGCGACAAAUCCACCGCUGGCGGCUUUGCACGUACAUUCACCUCCUACGCCAGUUAAGAAUGGGAGCAUUGAUAUCGAUGCUUGGACUGUUUCGGCUCUUCAAUCUCUCAGUGUUUCUCCGAUCGCGCGUGGAACCGGCACUCCUCUUGCGAUUCCUCUGGAUGAAGUUGUCAAAGACAAGUCCAAUUCUCCCGGGCGCAAUGUCAACCUUGAUGAAGAUGAGGCCCCGAUAUCGACCCUGAGACGACCACCUUCUAGGAGGGAUAGCCAGCGAAAGCGGGAUUUGGUAUUGAAGGGCAAGGAGGGCAGUCGCCAGCGUCGUCGCUGGGAGAAUGACCGCUUGAUGGGCGUUCCGAACGCUCAACCGCCUCUGCCUUCCGAUUACGAAGUCCAUCCUACUCAUCCGAUCCACCGAGUGCCUUACCAGCUUGCUCAGUUCUGGGACCGUGGCGUGCGCAAACAGGUUGAGGAUAAGACGGCCCGUCUCCUUGCUGAACGCAAGAAGCAGCAACUCAAGGCUGGCAGCGCCACGGGUCUCGGAGCUGGUGAGGUUCCUCGCGACCUGCGCGAAGCCACAAAGCGCAGUCCUGUUGUGCGCACCUGGGUGCGGUCCCUGGAAGAGCCUGUGCGACAAUAUCUCGCUAAUCAGCAGGCUAUGGCCACAACGUCAGCUGUCACUGCUGAUGAAGACGAUGAUAGUGCAGCUGAGCAGAUGGACUCGGACGAUGAAGAGAUUGUGUUCGUCGGUAGGAACGGCGCCAUGAGGGAGCUUAGAGAGAGGAAGGCAACAUGGAAACAUGCGCAUCGUGAAGUAUCACAGGAGACGGUCGACUCGGGCAUGCUAUUUGACUCGUUCGGUACCGACGAAAGCGCCGCCUUCAAGCGCUGGCUCACACAUACCAUCUCUGACUACUACGGCAUCCAAUCUCGCUCCGUCAAUCUUUCGAAUCCCACGCGCCGAGUAGUCUAUGUAGGUCUAAAGACCUCUCAGGGCGCCUUGCCUUUACGAACGCUGCCGCGGCCAAUGUGGGAGGUCUGUUGA